GCAUUGCUCGGUACGGGACUUAGGCCUCUCGAUGCUCGAGUCUAUCAACAACGUUAUUAUGUGUCAGAAUUCGUAUCGUUUUGAAAGUGUCAGAGUCGUUUUGCAAUCGGUUUAUACAGGAUACACGUCAAGUCUAACUCUCAUAGCAUGAAGACUAUAAAAUCUCCAUGAAUCGUACUUACAAGCACGACCAUACUGUUCACAAAUUUAAAAAAAAAUUAUCGCGGACGGCAAACGAAAGUUAUAAUACCUUGAAAUAACUUUAUCUUUUCAGUUUUAAAUAUUAUUAAAACUUUCAAUAUCAUCAGAUAUAACAUUUAUCACAAAUAAAUCUUUAUGAAUGUUUCAUAUCAUUUUAUGAGUAGACAGUUGUCCAUGCUGGAUUUUUGUUAUUUUUAUAAAAUAUUUUAUAAAAGAUGAACUGGAUUUUUAUAUUUUUUAUGAUUCUUCAUUGUAAGUGCAAUGGUCUUGCAUCUCAAGAUCGAGUUCCACCUGGAGUGCCACCACAACAUUAUCAACAGCCUUCUUUGCCUAAUCACCAUGGCUCAAACUUUCAACACAGUCCUCAAUAUCAAAUGCCUCAAUAUCAAGCACCUCAGCAGCAGCAAAUACUACCUAACCAGCAACAAAUGCCAAUAACUUCGCAAGCCCAAUAUAUACCUGAUAUGUCUAACGUACAUCAACCCAUAAACCAACAAAUUCCUGAAGUCCAUAACCAUGGACAUCAUAUGCAGUCACAACAUAUACUUAAUACGGCAAAUAUUGCUGAGGAGAAAGCUCAUAUCGCAGAACAUCUAGAUAUACCAAUGGAUACAAAUAAAAUGUCUGAACAAGAACUACAAUUUCAUUACUUUAAAAUGCAUGAUGCUGAUAAUAACAAUAAAUUAGAUGGUUGCGAACUUAUUAAAUCCUUAAUACAUUGGCAUGAAGGUAACAAAGAAGGCACCAAUAAGGAAAAAAAAAUUUUUAAAGAUGAAGAAUUAUCUGCAUUAAUCGAUCCCAUUCUCGCAAUGGAUGACACCAAUAAUGAUGGUUUCAUAGAUUAUCCUGAAUUCAUUCAGGCUCAACAAAAAGCAGCAUCUACCACAGCUGGUCAAUAAAAUAGUUUCUAGAUUUUCACUGACUUUCCAUUACUCUAAUAUUUUGUUAUUUAAAUAGAACAUAUACUUAUAAUAAAUAUUUUAUAAUAAAAUCAGGUAUAUUUUCAAAAUUCAUUAUUAGAUAAGAAAGCAGUAAAAUUAUAAGAACACAACUGUUAUAAAAAAAAUGUACAAAUCACAACUAUAAAAUAAAUUUAACCAGCUUAUUUAUAUAGGCUAAGAAUAAAUCUAUUCUAUUGGUU